CUUCUGUAAAUAGUGGCACUUAGUAGGCCAUGCUUUCACGAAGACAGCUCUGAGUGGAAGUACCAACAGAGUUUUUAUCACACACAAUUUGUUUUCUAAGAAUUAAAACUGCUAGGGAACACAAGCGCCCUGAGAGAAAUGCCACCAUUUAUACGCGACGACAAGCCAUUGGCCCGGGACCAGGAGGACCAGGAGGACCAGGACCAAAACCAGGACCAGAUCCAGAACCAGGACCAGAACCACGACCAGGACCUCCACCAGAACGAAGAACCAAUCCUAGAGGACGAUGUGUUGAAUGAUGGAGAACUAUAUAUGGCCCUGUUACAAGUCAGAACCACUGUGGAGCAAAAUCGUGCAGAUGCGGAGCGUGCCGGACUAAAUAUGGCGAACUUCCAUCAACGCCUUGCCGCUUAUUCGGACCUCCUUAUCGAGUUUACAAAUGCCGUCAACAGGAAGCUAGCCCUCAACCGGCAGGGCCACACCGCGGAGACUGCCAUGGAUCACAGUGCCGUUAGCCAGCAGAUCCAUCGACUGUUCCGUGAGAUCAGCGAAUAUUUUGACAGAUACAUGAGAGAAUGAAUAAACUCGAUGGUCUCGUUAAAAAUGUUUGUUUU